AUGGUAGUGCCAGCGUUUAUUCUAAUCCUGAUGUUUGAAGUUUCUGCAAUGCAAAACAACAUCAUUGAGCACGAGGAAAGUUUUGAUGGCAACUUUAAUACUCCAGUUAAAGAUCCCGAGGUUCUUAAUCAACUUUUCCAAAACAACGAUGGUCAAUUAGUGAGCAAAGAAAUAAGGUCAAAUGCUACAGUAAAGAAAGAAAACUAA